UGGCUCAGAUGGUGAAAAGCAACAUAGCUCGUUACUGUGUGCAGAAUACCGCAGCAAAGUCUGGUGAUGUAGUGAAAGUAGCUGUCAUAUUCAAUUCAUUGAGUAGGCUGUUACUGUGGAAAUCUUCAACAGUGGUGUGUACAUUACUAAAUCAACUGUACUCUAACCCUUCAGACUCACAGCAAGGUUAUCAAGUCGCUCAAGUUGUUGCUUUAGUCCAUUCCGAUCUCCACGAUGACCAUACUUUAAAUACUAUCAAUUUCUUGGCUUCAUCGCUUCUUUGGAUUACGCAGGACAAGGAAGAGAAAGAUCCUGAUCGGUCAGUGAGCUGGUGUAAAGUUCUUCACAAGAGGAAAACUGGAAAAGUGAUAAAGAAGUUUGAAAGCUUUUCCAUGAAUGAUAAAUAUGUACUGACAGAACACGAGGAAAAGGAUUGGAAUGGUUCUUCCUCAAAAGCUGUCAUGGAACCAGUCAAUGAGGUUGAUCCAACUCAAAAUCUCACUUUCAAUCUGACGCUGACAGAUGACGAGCGCCAAGCUCGCUCUAAACUGAAACUUCCUUACAUGUACCACGAAGAGAAGAGAAGUGAGGUCACAGUAAACCCUGUAGGUGAAGGAAAAGUGUUCUACCAACCUGACGAAGCAGAUGACUUUGAUGAAGAUGAUCCUGACGAAGAUUUAAAUAUCUGACUUAUUUGUAUAAAAAAAAAAAGAAAAGAACAGAAAAACCUAUGUGUACAGUCUUAAUGAAAAAUUUACUUGCUACAGCGUAGCCUGCAGUUUAUAUCUCAGGGGGCAUGUAUUUGCCAGCAUAAAAAUUUUUUAAUUAAGUCUUCAUCUAGUCUACAUGUAUCUGAAUCAAAGUAAAAUUUUUCUCUCUCUUCAAACAUCAAUGUUAGUGCAUAUCUGUUUCCACUUUGUCUAUUUUGGUGCAAUUUUUAAUGAAUCUUUCUACAUUAUCUAUUAAUUACAUCAGUUCUAGAGCCACCUGUAAUAAGUUCAUGUUUUUAACCCCCUGAACUCCUACUAAUGAUCAAGACAAAAUUUCUCCUUACGAUGACAAUGUAAUAUCGAGCCUACAAGUGAUGGGAAUAUAGAAAAAUAUAAUUUAGGGGAUUAUUAGUUGACCCAAUACCAAAUUCUCACAACCAACCUCACAAGAAUUUUACAGCAGACAGUAAGGAGAAUAACUAACCAGAUCCUGGGAGUAAAAGGUUAAAAAAAAUAAUAAUAACUUGGCAAAAUGCUUGACAAAACCCACACAACAUGUACUGUCCUAUUACAAAGCUGUGACAAAUUAUAAAGGCUGAUAGUUUGAAUAUAUCAACAAAGUUGAAAUGGUAAAUUGGCCACCGUUACGAUGAUCAAA